AUGACCCAUCAAUCCCCAAUCUACGUGUCUUCUAACGGGUCUUCUGGUGUCGGGCCUAUGGCGGACGAGCUCGAAAUCUCCAUGCUUCUUACUCCUCAUGGCCACACCUUUUAUUCCGACGACGUCUUUUCUCAAGAUGAAUUCGAUUCUUUGGAAGCGGUGGUUUUAAACCGUUUCGUCCAUUAUUGUAAAUCCAAUCAACCGAAAGAUUAUAACGAUCACGAUGCUCGAGUUCACACCUAUAUCCAGAUUCGUGAAGCUUUCUAUCAAGCUAAUAACCAUAAAUUAGAAAAAUCCGUUCCAAAUGGGAUGCCCCAUAGUCAUCACUUUAAUACCCCAACCAACGGCGUUCCGUCCAGUUCUUCCAACGCGUAG